ACUGCACCGCUUUUCUGCUCGUCGUUGGCUCAACGACCCCGGGAUGGAAUUUGGACACACCACAGCGUACAAACGACACGGAACACAGAGGACGGCGAAAGUGGCUGUUGACCCUGGACAAGCUCUUUUUGCAACAUGGCCACCAAAGACAGCACAUCCCAAUGUCCAAUCUGCCAGAAAGCCUACGGGGUGGAGACUACUGCCCGGGCAAAGACCAAGCACCAGUCCUAUUGCCGCAAGAAGCACGGGCCGGGCAGCAACAUCCAGGCGAGAAGGAAAUCCUGCGAUGCUUGCGUACGAGCCAAGACCCGGUGCAAUCUCAAUCCCAAGGGGUGUUCCCGAUGUGCCUCGAAGCUCCUACGGUGCACUUACGAGGGCGCCCCGCCCGGUGUUCAAGCAUCGACACAAUCUCCAGCCGAGGCCAUCUUGAGACCUGCGGACUACAUUGGCACUCUUUCCGAUGGCGGUCCUGGUGUCGAUGCUCCUCAGCAACUGAUGGUCAGCCCUGAGAGCCUAGGCAGGACCGUGAAUGCCCAACCCAUAUGGGAACUCGCAGACGACAUAGACGAAGACUUCUUCGCAUCGACCUUUGUCAACGAGGACCACCCGGAAGACAACACCCUUAACUCUGACAACAGCAGCAACAAUACCACCAACAUCGCCAAAUAUCUCAGCAACCCGGCCAAAUCACCAUCUCCUUCGCUACCCGCCUGGCUAGACUUCAAGAAAGCCGCAUCCUCCUCCCUCUUCGAGCGGCGCGUGUUCGCGCACCCCGUCGUCGACGCCACCGGCGACAUUGCGAUCCACAUCCUCCGCUCGUACCCGCACAUGCUGGCCAGCGAGGACGGCACGAACCCGCCGCCGCCCUUCAUCCACCCGCGGUACCGCGACCUCGCCGACCACGACGGCACCCGGACCAGCCCCAUGUCGGCCGCCCUGAGCUUCUCAAAGAUGCUGCUGCACGGCCAGGGCCUGAACAGGAGCCUGGUCUGGAGACUCAUACUGAUCGAGCAGGACCGGCUGCUCACAGAGCAUCUUAAAUUCAACAAGUGGGAGCUCCUGGAGGCGACCCAGGCGCUCGUGACUUACAUGCUGCUUCGCAUCGUCGAUGGGCGCCAGGAGUACUCGAACCAUGACUUUAUGCUUGUCGCCUCGAUCACUGCGAUAUGCGCCACCCUCUGCGCACGGUUCGGGCAGCUCAUCAGCCCGGACGAGAUCAUGGGGCAGAUGAUGUCGUGGAAGGACUGGGCGUUCUAUGAGUCUCGCCGGCGAACCUCGACGGCCCUCGCAAUCAUCAACGCCGUCCUGCACGCCCGGAUCACCCCGCGGUCCGCCAGGAUGCCCGAGUACGCCGUGUCGCCCGCCCCGUCGCCCUCCAAGCUGUGGAACGCGGACAACGAGAAGGACUGGGAGGCCGACUACGCCGAGUACCUGCACAGCAACGCGCUGCACGGGAUGCUGCGGAACUGCGACCUGGUCGAGCUGAAGAAAGAGGCGGCGGCGGAAGCGGCAGACGCGGCGGAAGGAGUAGGAGGAGCGGGAGAAGAAGAGGUGAGCAGUAGCGGCGGGUUGCGGGACUGGGAGUUGUCGAAGAGGGUGCGAAGGGAUCGGCGGCAGGAGAAGCAUGAUCGGUGGUAUGCCUAUGCGGACUCGUUUGGCUUGCUGGUCACGCUGGCCGCGGACAUGAUUGUGUGGGCUUAGGAGAAGGGCAACUAGACGACGACGAUGCGGUGUGGGAUUGAGCAGCCCAUGAAAAUACUUAGAAUGUACAUGUACGUAGGCAGCAGCUGAUUCAUGUUAUCCCUGAUGGUCAUUGUGAUGAAAGCGCGAAGGAAGCAGUACUGGUCCAAAGACAG